CCACCCAACUAAAAAAGCUUUCGAGAUCUAUUGAGUAUUUUAUAUGGAAAUACAUCUCCUUUAUAAAGAAGACAAUCCGCUAUUACUAAGUUGGAACUUCAGGAGGGUUUUUGUUGUUGUGUUGUCAAAAUAAUGUCGACAAACACAGAAGAGCGCAAUGGAUCUGCCAUUAAAGCUACUGAUAGUUCUCUUAAGGACCAAGGCAAUGCGCUCUUUAAAGCAGGGAAUUAUCUCAAAGCGGCUGCUGUUUAUACUCAAGCCAUCAAAGCUGAUCCUUUCAGUGCAACCCUUUACAGCAACCGAUCUGCAGCUUUUCUAAAUUUAGUGAAGCUCACCAAGGCUCUAGCUGAUGCUGAAACAACAAUCAAGUUGAAUCCAACAUGGGAAAAGGGCUAUUUCAGAAAAGGUUGUGUAUUGGAAGCAAUGGAGCGUUAUGAUGAGGCUGUUACUGCUUUUCGAGAAGCCUUGCAACAAAAUCCCCAGAGCACAGAGGUGUCGUCUAAAAUUAAAAGACUCUCUCUGUUGGCCAGGGAUAAAAAGCGGGUGCAGGAAAAACAAGCCAUUAGAGCCAAUGUUAACAUGGCAAAAACUCUUGAAUAUUUGAAGCCUGAACUGGUUCAGAAUGUUGGAUCCCAAGAAAUUGGUGAAGAACUAUUUUCUUUCAUUACCAAUUUAAUGGAGACAUCUGUAAAACAGUGGCAUGCGAAUGGAAUUGUAGAUGCUAGAGUUACUUAUCUAUUUGACAAAACAAAGGAUCUCCCUGAUGAGGCUACCACAGUUGUAAAUGUUGAUAAAGCAUUUGAGUCACCGGAUACUUUAAGAAGCUGUGUGUCUUUUCUUAGACAACAUGCAGUGGAUGUCUCAUCCAAAGCAGCCUGCUUAGUGGUGCCAAAGAAAGUGAUUGCAUUUCCCCAGGUUUGGAAGGGCCAAGGGAUCAGAAAAUGGAAACAUGGGCAGGGUGAUGGUUUUUUUGUCCAAUUUGAGUCGCCUGUUAUACAUAAAUUGUGGUUUGUUUCCAGCUCAAUUGAGAAAGGACAAACUUUGUGCAGGGAUCCUGAAGCAUUAGAUUUGGAUGCUCACCAAGUGCUUCCACCUCUUUUCAGAUAGAGAGAGCACUUGUUUUCAAUUUUUUAUACUGUACCUUGAAGAGUGUAUUUACAGUUUUUAGUUGUCAAGAAAGCCCUCAGAGCUUGCAGCUGCCUAUCAAUAUGAGGGAGGAAUAAGGUGAAAGCUUGAAUGGCUAAUUUUGUUGGCCAGCUAUCAGUUAUCAUCUUUAGAAAACAAGAGGACUGAUCUAUCAUCUGUCAUUGUAUCUUUACAUAUGAAAAUAUCAUUCAAAAGAAUUUUGUAUUUCUAGCUAUGUUGUGCCUGUCAUUUGGUCUCAAAUCCAUCCCUGGUAAUUUUGUUAUUCCCAAACAUGCAUUGUGAAGGUAGCUUUGCAAUUAAGGAAUUUUGUCGAUUAUUUUCUCUGGAACA